CAUAAUGGAAAUAAUAACCUAGACCUGUGACCUUGAGGUGAAGUUACAUAAAUACUUCAAACUUUUGACAUUUUGCAAACUGUUGACAGCUUUAACAUCUUCGCCUCCGAUUGAAACCCACACAUAGGCCUACUGAUCUGUUAUUGACUCAUGUUUCUCCUCCAUGUCAUUGCCAGUAAAAUCAGUAACAAAAGCAUCCCUGCCUUUCAAAACGUGGGUCUCAUGCAAAAGCAGAAAUCGUUCACAUUCUAUUGUGUACUGUUGUUUUGUACAGAACAUCAUAGGAUGUGGGAAAAUGUUGCAUCGACUUACACCUGUGACCUGCAGAUGCACAUCUAUAUCACGUGAUUUAUUCUAAGCCUGCCACACAUUUCUUGUAAAUCACUCUGCUCUACAGUGUGCUGUUAAUCCCUCCCCCUAUUGGACAACUGGUUGUCAACUGAAUGCUUUUUGUUGUUAAUAUAUGCACAAACUGUCUCUUCAGAAGAUUUAAAAUCCAUGCCCCUUGAAACUCAUUGGCUGAAUUUAAAUAUGACCUAGGGAAACAAUGUUAUCAUUACAUUGUUGUUCGUAUAAAAGCUGAUGGGUAGAGACAAGAUUUGAACUUGAUUCCAGAUUUCAAUAAUCUCGUAGACCAGGAUUUACAGUAUCAUCGCCGUGGGAUGGCUUCCAAUAGCUGGAAAAGCAAAGUUCUUUUGAAUGUGCUUUCCUAUCUUGAUUACAAGACAGGAAAAUUCAUAAUUGUAGGAAGCAAGAGAGUCGGCAGUUUGUACAGAGUUAUACAAUUAUCCAUCAUUGGAUACCUUGUUGGGUAUGUAUUCCUGAGCAAGAAGUCCUACCAGACCAAAGAGGAAUCUAUCCAGAGUACUGUGAUGACCAAACUGAAGGGAGUGGCGGUCACCAACACAUCAGAGUUCGGAAGGAUGGUGUGGGGACCUGUGGACUAUGUCAUUCCACCCCAGGGGGAAGCAGUUUUUUUCAUUGUUACCAAUUAUAUAGAGACACCAAACCAGAAGUUGGGCAACUGUGCUGAGAGCCCCAAUGUGCCAGAUGGCCACUGUAAGGGAGAUGAAGACUGUGCAGAGGGAGAGUUGGUGGUAGCUGGCCAUGGAGUUAGGACAGGCCGCUGCUUGAGAGACAAUGGAAAAUCCAAUGGUACAUGUGAGAUAUAUAGCUGGUGCCCCAUUGAGAGAAGAUGCCAACCACAGGAUAGACAUAAACACAAUAAUAUGUUAAGAGAAGCUGAAAACUUCACCAUCUACAUAAAAAAUGUCAUCCGAUUCCCCAAAUUCAGUUUCUCAAAGGCCAACGUUCAGGACACGGCUGAUAAAUUCCAUCUGAAGAAAUGUCGCUACGAUGAAGCUCUUGAACCCUACUGCCCCAUAUUCCGUCUGGGAGACAUUGUUAACCAAACUGGACACAGCUUUCAGGACAUGGCUUUGAAGGGUGGUUCAAUUGGAAUUCUGAUUGGGUGGGAGUGCGACCUUGACAGAGAUCCCUCAGAAUGCCAGCCACGGUACGACUUUACUCACAUUGCCGUUAAUGUGUCCAGAGAGUCCUCAGGAUUCAACUUCAGACAUGCUCGCUAUUUUAAAACUGGGUCUGGAGAAAGCUACCGAACACAUUUCAAAGUGUUUGGUAUACGCAUCAACGUUAUGGUGCAUGGGAAGGCUGGAAAGUUCUGUAUCAUACCCACCAUUAUCCAUAUAGGCUCAGGACUAGCUUGUAUUGGUGGUGGGGCCUGGUUCUGUGACUGGAUUCUUCUUUACCUGAUGAAAAAUAGGGAGUUCUAUAAGGACUGGAAGUUUGAAAAUGUGAACAAUACUACAGAGGAUAUAAAACAAACCCCAGAAGAGCAGCAGGUCACUGACCCAUCGCCUGAGGUUUAGGUUUAACACCAUGGCAGCAGCUCGCCUUGCCUAGUUAAACAAUGGUUAAAUAGAAAAACAAAAGAAGCCGACGUAAAAGACAUGCCUGAGCGGGAUGCCACACAUUCUGGUCAUGAGGAGAGAGAGAGAAACUGUCGGAGGUUCUCUUCUUCACUGUUCAACUAAUCCAUACUCUUUUAGGGUCCAGGCAGAACCCUUUUGGGUGCCAUGUAGAACAAAAAAUGGUUCUUCAAAGGGUUAUCCUAUGGGGACAGGCGAAGAACCCUGUUAGGUUCUAGAUAGCACCUUUUUUUUCCUAAGAGUGCAGUAAAUGUGGAGGGGGAGUUAAGAUGGAGUGUUGCCUUGUUGAUAUUCCAGAUUGAAACAAAUGUAAAGAGCAAGCAAGCACGUGCCGUAGCUAGCUACGAGACAGAUAUUAGCUAGCGUUGUUGAGAGAUAAUGGAAUCUCUGACAAAGUUGACAUCAACAAAAUUGGUAUGUGGUGUCUGUCGACUUUGUGGCACGAACUUAAUCUCGAGGAAAGACAGGAGGUUGGUGGCACCGUAAUUGGGGAGGACAUGCUCAUUGUAAUGGCUGGAGCAGAAUCAGUGGAAUAGUAUAAAAAAAAUAUUUAACCUUUAUUUAACUAGGCAAGUCCGUUUAAACAACAAAUUCUUAUUUUCAAUGACGGCCUAGGAACAGUGGGUUAACUGCCUUGUUCAGUGGGCAGAACGACAGAUUUGUACCUUGUCAGCUCGGGGAUUCAAUCUUGCAACCUCUUGCAAAGUACAUCAAACACAUGGUAUGAUGCCAUUCCAUUUGCUCUGUUCCAGCCAUUAUUAUGACUGGUCCUCCCCUCACCAGCUUCCACUGACCUAUAGGCAUUUGCUAUAUGUUUCACCGGGACUGUAAACAGCGAGGCACACGUCCAAAAUUGGGCCGUAUCUCCUUAAAACAAGAUGGUUCUGGAUUCCUUCGACCUCGCUGAAAGUGGCAACUCCUUAUGGAAUUAAACUCGACAUCAUGUGUGACAGCAUAUAGGCUUCCUCUGUAGAACUAUUCUUGUGUUAUUCACUGAUGGAUAGUUUGUUUUAUCACAUUUGUUUUACCCUUGUUUGUUUUAUCACUGAAUAUUGUGUGAUUUUAGCAUACAUAGUUUGCGAUUUUUUUUGUAAUUUCUGAUAACCUGUAUAAUCUUCAGUUUACAUAUACAGUUAAUCUAUGUUUUACCUUUGUCCUACUUUCAAGUUACAACUGUCGUCUUCAUGGCCAUAUGAGUUCAUUUGUUUGAAUAUUUCAUUAUUAUUUUUUUUACUAAUAAAAAUAUUUGUUUCAUUUAAGCACA